ACUUCUUUUCAUUUCACACCCAAUCAAUCAAUUACCCUUUUCUUUAAUAUUCAACCUUCCAAUGCGUGCUAAUCCCAAUUAAUAUACUUUAUUAAUUCAACCCGCAUUUCCAUUCGCCUAACUCACUUCCCUUUCACCUAAAAACCCGUUUCGUUUCUUGUUCCCUUUUAAAUGCCCUCUCACUUCGAUAACCUCUCCGCUUGAGAGAGAGAGAGAGAUGAGUCAGCUCGGUUUGUUAUUGCAGGAGACUCGGGCUGAGUCAAGAACGAUUCUCGGUUUGUUAAACGAACAAAUGGACGGUGUUGAUGGAGUUCCUCGGAGGAGACGUAGCUUCAAGGAACGGUUUGGAUUCAUCGGGAUAGGUUGCUGUGGAGCCACACGUGGAUUCCGUUCUUCUUCUUCUUCAUCAUCAUCUCAAUUACCUCAGCAACAAAUUUCUGAUACGGAUCCGGUUCAGGAUCCGAGCGUCUGCGUUGGCCCGAAUCCAACUGCUUCCAGUUCGAGUACAGGUUCGAGUUCGUCUAAUAUGAAUCUUGCGGCGGCGUUAGCGGCGGAGCGACAACUCCGAAGACCGCCGGUGGAAACAAACAUCGUCGGAGGGGGUAGGACUUCGGGGACACCGUGGAGAGUGUCGUUGAUGAGGCUUUUAGAGGAGACGGAAAAUGGUGACACGGUGGCUGAAAAAGCUGUGAGUGAGGUGAAAGUAGGUGGUGUGGCGGGGAAUGAUUCGGUGUGUUGCGUGUGCAUGGGAAGGAAUAAAGGCGCGGCGUUUAUUCCGUGUGGACACACUUUUUGCAGAGUCUGCUCUAGGGAGCUGUGGCUGAACAGAGGCUCCUGCCCACUUUGUAACCGUUCGAUUAUUGAGAUUCUUGAUAUUUUCUAGAAAGUUCUUCAAUGAGGUGAUGAGGAUCUUUGUCUUUUCAACGAUCUCAGUCUUUUUCACGUGUAAUAUGAAUUUCGUUUGCAAGAUUUUUUUACGGAUUGUAUAUACUGUCUAUGAUGAUUGAUUAUGAACAUCCAUUAGACAAAAAAAGUUGGCUCCACUAUUUAGUUUUGAAUUAUUUUACUUUUUAUUUGUGGAUUUAUUUGAAUACUAAAUUAACUUGUGUUUAAUCAUACACUAAUUUUAUAAUGGAGUGCAGCUAAUGAUGCUUUUUUUCUUUGUUGUUUUCUUCAACACUAAUCCCAUCACGAAGUUGACUUGAUCCAAUUGUUUUUCUAUUCCUAGAAAAUCAAAACAAUCAUUAGUAGAAGAAUAACUAAAUAUGUAAUUCAUAUCAUUGGUUAUUUUGUGAAUAGACAAAAAAUUAAAACUGAGUUGGGGAAUUAUUUAUUCCGAUAUGAAGAUUCUUUAAUUGUG